ACAUAAGACAGUAGAUGGUGGACGGUGGCCGCGGCCCACACAAACAGGUGAUCUCGCGAAAGUUGGAAUCAGAGAGCAUAAGAAAAAUGAAGCUGAAGCUAUACGUUGAUCGAAUGUCCCAGCCAUCUCGGGCUCUCAUCAUCUUCUGCAAGGUUAAUAGGAUAGACUACGAGGAAAUCAGAGUAGACAUCGCCAAGCGUCAGCACAGAUCUCCGGAUUUCCAAGAGAUAAACCCUAUGAAACAGGUUCCAGCAAUAGUUGAUGGAAGAUUUAAGCUGUUUGAGAGCCAUGCAAUACUUAUCUACCUUGCUUGUGCAUUUCCCGGAGUUUCAGAUCAUUGGUAUCCAGCCGAUCUUUCCAAAAGAGCAAAGAUUCACUCAGUAUUGGAUUGGCAUCACUCCAAUUUACGUCGUGGUGCAGCUGCAUUUGUUCUGAAUACGGUACUGGCACCGGCACUUGGCCUGCCUCUGAAUCCGCAGGCUGCUGCUGAAGCUGAGAAAAUAUUGACUCAAUCUUUGUCGACGAUGGAGACCGUCUGGCUUAAGGGGAGUGGUAAAUUCUUGCUGGGUAGUAAUCAACCAUCGAUUGCAGAUCUGAGCCUUGCGUGUGAAAUAAUGCAACUAGAGCUCCUGGAUGAAAAGGAUCGCAGUCGAAUCUUUGGCCCUCAUAAGAAAGUUCAGCAGUGGAUCGAUGAUACAAAAAAUGCGACAAGACCUCACUUUGAUCAAGUGCAUGAAAUCAUUUUCAAAUUCAAAACAAGACUACAGAAGCAGCAGUCACGGGAUGGCGAGACUGAUCCUAGUGUUAAAGCAUUGCAAUCCAAGAUGUAAGCAUUUCGUUGUUAGUUGAUGGAUGUAUUUCACUCAAUACUUAUAAUAAGAUAUUUCAACCCAUCUUCUCUUUACUGGCAUCGGCAAACAUAUCUAAGUUUCAUGUGGGUGGUGAAAGCAAAUCACAUGAUUUGCAUAUAAAUGUAAGUUUUUUAAUAGAUUCUUUAGGCUUUUAGGCUUUUAGGCUUUAGCAAUCUCGAUAUACAUUGCUGGAGGAAUUAUUACUUUGGGGCAUUUCCUGUAAUAUCCACUAUUUGGUUUUGUA